AUGCAUGAUCAAGUUGAGAAGGAUAAGUUAGAGAGUGAACAGAGAAGUCGAAUUCCCUUACCCCCACCUAUCCCAGGCCGUGGGCCUAUACCUAUUUCCCCAUUUCAGAGACAGGAAGGGAGUGAUAGUACAAAUCCGGUUGAUGGUAAGAGGAGAAAGGUGGCUGGGAUUUCUCCUAUUGAGAAAGCAUUCCAGAAUACUACUAGGUAUGAAUUGGAUAGUAGAAUUGCUAGGAUGUUUUACACUGGUGGGCUUCCAUUUAACUUUGCAAGGAACCCAUAUUAUCGUAAUUCCUAUGCAUAUGCUGCUACCCAUAACAUCCCAGGUUAUGUUCCUCCUGGAUAUAAUGCCUUGAGAACAACACUUUUGCAAAAAGAAAGAGUUCAUGUUGAAAGACUCUUGAAACCAAUUAAGGAUUCUUGGCUUGAAAAUGGUGUAAGCAUAGUUUCUGAUGGAUGGUCAGAUCCACAAAGGAGGCCUCUUAUUAAUAUUAUGGCUGUAUCAUAUGGGGGUCCGAUGUUUGUAAAGGCAAUUGAUGGGUCAGGUGAGUUCAAAGACAAACAUUAUAUUGCUAGGGUGUUGAAGGAUGCUAUAAAAGAGAUUGGACAUGAAAAAGUUGUCCAAGUCAUCACUGAUAAUGCUAAUGUGAUAAAAUCUGCUGGAGCUCUUAUUGAAGGUGAGUAUCCUAAAAUAUUUUGGACACCCUGUGUUGUCCACACUCUCAAUCUAGCUUUGAAGAAUAUUUGUGCAGCAAAAAACACUGAAAAGAAUGAAGUUACAUAUGAGGAAUGUAGUUGGAUUACACGUAUUGCUGAUGAUGCAUCUUUCAUACGUGUUUUUAUUAUGAACCAUUCAAUGAGGUUGGCAAUGUUUAAUGAAUUUAGUCCAUUAAAAUUGCUCCAAGUUGCUGAUACUAGAUUUGCUUCAAUUGUUGUAAUGCUGAAAAGGCUGAAGUUGAUAAAAAGAUGCCUUCAAGCCAUGGCUAUUAGUGAGCAAUGGGCUUCUUAUAGGGAGGAUGAUGUUGGAAAAGCUGUAAAGGUGAAAGAUAUGAUUCUAAGUGAUCUUUGGUGGGAUAAAGUUGACUAUAUCCUUGAAUUCACAGCACCUAUUUAUGAUAUGCUACGAGUAGCCGACACAGAUAAGUCUUGUCUUCAUCUUGUGUAUGAGAUGUGGGAUUCAAUGAUAGAGAAGGUGAAGACAGCAAUAUAUUGGCACGAAGGCUUGGAAGAUGAUGAGUAUAACUCAUUUUGGAGUGUGGUGUAUUACUCCAUUGAAUGGCUUUCGGAGAAUCCAAAACGCAUCUCGCCACAUUGGGAUCAUGAAAUUUCUAUGGAAAGGAGUAAGUGUUUGGAUCGAUACUUUGAAGAUGAGAGUGAAUUAAAGGCGGUGAAGUGUGAGUUUGCUUCAUUUUCAGGAGGGAGGUUUCCUUCACCAGAUGCCUUGACAGAUAGGUGGGACUUACUACCUUUGGUUUGGUGGCAAUACCAUGGCUCCGCAUUUCCAACUCUUCAAUCCCUUGCCUUUAAACUUCUUGGACAACCUUGUUCAUCCUCAUGUGCUGAGAGGAAUUGGAGCACAUACAAAUUCAUUCAUUCCCUAAAAAGAAACAAAAUGGCUCUUGCACGCGCUGAAGAUUUGGUCUAUGUGCAUUCUAAUCUUCGACUCUUGUCAAGGCGUAAUGAGGAGUACGUAAAUACAUCAACAAAGAUGUGGGAUAUUGCAGGAGACUCUUAG